AUGGACCGACGGCCGAGCCCGCCGCCCCCUCAGGCGUUUCGCGCCCUUUUCGCCCCCGCGCGCUUCCCGCCACAGCGUGAGGGGGACGAGGAGGAUGAGGGGGACGAGGAGGAUGAGGGGGACGAGGAGGAUGAGGGGGACGAGGAGGAAGGAGCCAUGAGGAAAACUCCUGGCGGCGCUGCGAGGGGCGCUGCUGGCGCUGCAGCCGGCCGGGGAGCCGGCAGGAAAGUGAAGGUGAAGGUGAAGGUGAAGCCCACGGGAACCAAAGGCUGCAGCCGGAGCCCGUCUUUGGGGGCAUCGUUUGCGCUGCUCCAGCUGCACCCCGAGGCUCCACGUCGCUGUCACGUCGACGCGGGCUCAGCAUCUCCCCUCCCUCAGGCCCGCCCUUCCCUCAGCUCCACCCGGCCCCGAGCUCCUCCCGCCGCUGCCGCCAUCCCGGUGCCGGCCGCGGUCCCGCCUCCUCCCCUCGUCGCUUGGUUGCGGCGUCGCUUCCUUCCGCGGGGACCGGCCGACAUGGCGGCGGCCACCGCAGCCUUCUCCUUCUCCUUCUCCUCCUCCUCCUCCGCCGCGCUGCUGCGCCCGGGCUGGGCGAGCCUGAGGCGGUGGCGAGGCCUCGCUCGCAGCACCAGCAGCUCCCCUCGCAGCGCCGCCAGGAUUUCAUCUAAGUUGACAUGGCUGGCUGUGUGUGUUGGGAAGAUCACACACUUGAAGGUGUCUUCUUCCUGGUGGAAUUUGGGACCUAAAUAUUGUGCAUCUUUUUGUCUUCAUAGUGACGAAGCAACCGUUAUCUCAGGCACAAAGCUUGCUCACCAGGUGUUGAAAGAAGUUCGAAGGGACGUGGAAUCCUGGAUAUCUGCUGGGAACCAGAGGCCUCACCUCGCUGUCAUCUUAGUGGGAGACAACCCAGCCAGUCACAUCUAUGUCAGGAACAAGAUAAAAGCAGCUGCAGCUGUGGGCAUUUCUAGUGAGGUCAUAGUGAGGCCUAAAGACAUUUCGCAGGAAGAGCUCCUGGAUAUGACAGUAAAACUCAACAAGGAUUCAAGAGUUAGUGGUUUACUAGUUCAGCUACCUCUCCCAGAUCACAUGGAUGAGCGCACAGUGUGCAACGCCAUCGCCCCCGAGAAGGAUGUGGAUGGAUUCCACAUCGAGAACAUUGGACGCCUGUGUCUGGAUCAGCCUUCCGUCAUCCCUGCCACUGCUGCUGCCGUCUGGGAAAUCAUUAAACGGACAGGAAUACAAACAUUUGGAAAAAAUGUUCUUGUAGCUGGAAGAUCUAAAAAUGUUGGAAUGCCUAUUGCAAUGCUUUUACAUACUGAUGGAGAGCACGAAAGGCCUGGAGGUGAUGCUACAGUGACCAUUACUCACAGAUAUACCCCAAAAGAGCAGCUCAAGAUCCAUACGCAGCUCGCUGACAUAGUAAUAGUUGCUGCAGGUAUCCCCAAGUUGAUUACAAGUGAUAUGGUCAAAGAAGGUGCAGCUGUGAUUGACGUAGGCAUCAACCAUAUCCAUGAUCCUGUUACAGGAAAAACCAAACUAAUUGGGGAUGUGGACUUUGAAGUAGAUUAUACAGAGCAGCCAAAGCUCUUGAAGCUGAUGCAGACCUGCCUUGAAGAACACCACAGCUAUUGUAUCAAUGGGCUCUGUGCCUUCCACAGCGAGCUGAGGAAACCCAUAUGCAAGUGCCUUGCAGGUUAUAAUGGAGAGAGAUGUGAACAUUUAACCCUAAAUUCAUAUGCACAUAAUUCUUACGAGCGCUACAUUGCUGUGGGAAUUGGUGUAGGAAUACUGACCAGUGGAAUACUCGCCAUCAUCUACUGCUAUGUAAGAAAGAGAUGCAGGAAACUGAAAUCCCCCUACAAGGUGUGCGUGGGCGAGACGGCGCUGUGAAGCCCUGGCCUGGACGCUCAGCAGUUUGCCUGCCCAAGAGGAAGGGCCCACGCCAUCGGACACGUGCCCCGGCCUCGCUGAGGAGAUGGACUCCAGGGAACGCCAGAGGAGUGCGCCAGGGGAGCUCCUCAGCACUGACAGGCUCUGUGUCAUGGUGGAGAGACUCCCUCUCUUGGGUGAGGGUGGCUCAUGCUCAGGUCCCAGCAGCUGAGGACACUGGCAGGCCUCUGGGCACUGUGCUGUGCCCGGUGUUUGCCGUGGGAGGACUGGUUGGUUUGAGCUGUUUUCAGUCAUUUCAAGUGCUCGUACAGUGUUCUGCUUUGGUCUUCUGUGUAUUUUGUUUGGUUUUGUUCUUUUUUGCUCCUCUGGAGGAUAAGCAUCACCUCCCUCACAGUGGAGCUGUAUUCUGGACAUCAUGCACUGGCCACAAACCAUUUGGGUUCUGAUUUGGGUGUCUGCUGGCUGUGUGUUUGGAUAAACAGCCCUCUCCCGACCCAACAGUUGCCUUUGGUCUGCUGGGUCAAGUAUGGGCUUCUGGUGCCAUAAAGGACAAAAAAUGCUUUGGACUGAGGAAAAUGUCUGGUUCUUGAAACAAUCCUUAAAUUAGAAUAGAGAGAGUAGGCAAUUCCUGGAAAAUUAGACCAUGACACCUCUGGGCAUGGAGUGGUCUUAUUGUUUUCAUAAGCAAAGCAACCAGACGCCUUUCUCAAAAUGGAUUAUGGAGCGUGCUUGUGACAAAGAACUCUCCUCUUCCCAAACAUCCCAUAGCAGCUCCUCAGUUCCAUGGAAUUUCAGGCAGAACAUUGCCUUGCUGCACCCUGAUUUCUGCACAAGACUUGAAUCGCUAGAGAAGCUGAAAUUUUGUUAUGAAACUUCACUGCAGCUUGUCCCAGGAAACAGACUUGCUCUAUUCCAUUUGCACAUGGGUACAAUGUGACCACUCAAAUAAGAAAGACACUGUUUUAGGCAUUCAGUUCCACCCUGGGCUAACAGAUUGCAUAUCGGAUGCUUGGUUCUAUUCAUCUUAUCUACAAAGAAUUGGGAAGGUAUGAAGAUUUGGUUAAAGGAAAAGGGAAGAAAAUGGCUUCUGAGGAUGGUGGCACUAACUGGGACUUGUCACUGACAGCUGGAAUGUUUGCUGGUGCUGCUGUGACCAGAGAUGACUCUCAGAGGUUUUCAUUUCAGCUGUUGCACAUU